AUGAACGAACCAGAAAGAAAUAAAAGAGACAUUCAGAUAUCCAAGGCGAUGUCGUAUCUCUUGAGACACGCCGCUGUCAAAGAGAAACUCGCUAUAGAUGAAGAUGGUUAUGUUCAGAUAGAAGAUCUUCUCAAGCACCAGAGAUUGAAAACGUUCAGAACUUCAAUAGCAGACUUAGAAAGAGUCGUGCAGAACGACAACAAACAGAGAUACACCAUUAAGGACAAUGCCAUCUGUGCCAACCAGGGCCAUUCCAUCAAGAGCGUAGGAAGUGAUAACCUCGAGUUGCUAACUUUAGAAACCAUACCCUCAGAAGUAUAUCAUGGAACCUACCGAAAUAAACUAGGUUUGAUAUAUUCCAGUGGAGGUCUUAACCGACUCCGCAGAAAUCACAUCCAUAUGACAUCUAAAGCGUACUCUGUGAAAUCAGGAAUACGCUACAAUGCCAAUGUGUUAAUCUACAUAGACGUAGCCAAAUGCAUGGAAGCCGGUAUCAAGUUCUACAAGAGUUUGAACGAUGUCAUUUUGAGUGAGGGAGAUGAAAAUGGCUACAUCAGUUGGAAAUACUUUGACAAGGUGGUCGAAGUCAAGACGGGAGAAAAACUAGAUACCCAAGAAUACGAAAAAUAG